GGUGCCGGGCGGAGCCGGCCUUCUCCCGGUCUCUAGUAGUUUCCCUGCCGCUGACGCACGCCUGCGCGCACAGCUGGCCCGGCGCGUCCUACGCAGCAGCCUCGAGCCAGGGCUGCAGCCCCCAAGAGGCCCGCUGGACGACUGCCAUGGCAUCCUACUACGAGAUUCUAGACGUGCCGCCAAGUGCAUCCGCUGAUGACAUCAAGAAGGCGUACCGACGGAAAGCUCUACAGUGGCACCCAGAUAAGAACCCGGAUAACAAAGAGUUUGCUGAGAGGAAAUUUAAGGAGGUGGCCGAGGCUUAUGAAGUGCUGUCUGACAAGCAUAAGCGGGAGAUCUACGACCGCUAUGGCCGGGAAGGGCUGACUGGGGCAGGAACUGGCCCCUCUCGGGCUGAAACUGCCGGUGGUGGGCCUGGCUUCACCUUCACUUUUCGUAGCCCUGAGGAAGUCUUCCGGGAGUUCUUCGGGAGUGGAGACCCUUUUGCAGAGCUCUUUGAUGACCUGGGCCCCUUCUCGGAGCUUCAGAAUCGGGGUUCCCGCCACUCGGGCCCAUUCUUUACCUUCUCUUCCUCCUUCCCUGGGCACUGUGAUUUUUCCUCCUCAUCUUUCUCCUUCAGUCCUGGGGCUGGUGCUUUCCGCUCUGUUUCGACAUCCACCACUUUUGUCCAGGGACGCCGCAUUACAACACGCAGAAUCAUGGAGAACGGGCAGGAACGGGUGGAAGUGGAGGAGGAUGGGCAGCUGAAGUCAAUUUCAAUCAAUGGGGUCCCAGACGACCUGGCACUGGGCUUGGAGCUGAGCCGUCGUGAGCAGCAACAGUCAGUCACCUCCAGGUCAGGGGCCGUGCAGAUGCAGCAGACCCCUGCCCCACGCCCCUCGGACAGUGACCUCUCUGAGGAGGACGAGGACCUCCAGCUUGCCAUGGCCUACAGCCUGUCAGAGAUGGAAGCAGCUGGGCAGAAGCCGGCAGGUGGGCGGGGGGUACAGCAGCGACGGCAGGGACGGCCCAAGGCCCAGGUCCAAGGUCUAGGGGGGACCCACGAUAGGGCCCAGGGUGAGGCAGCCAAACCCAGCCCAUCCCCAGAGGAGAAGGCCUCUCGCUGUCUCAUCCUCUGAACACCAGGCCCAGCCCGAUCUGAUUCAGGUCCUGACUCGGCAUCUGGCUCACUGGCAGAGCAGAGCAGAGUGUGGCCUGAGUUGUGGAAGCCUGAACUCCAUGUCCCUCCACAAGUUUUCCUCCUGGGCUGCCACAUUCCAGUGUGGACUUUGGAUUUGCUGUGCUCAGCCAGAACUGACAGGUCCCUGGGUGAAGCUGAUAGGUCCCUGAGGGGGGUGGGGUGUCUGGGCAAUGGAAGAGCUUGAGGGAGCCGGAUGCACUUUGUAGAAUGAGGGCUUCUGAGGGACAUUAAUGGUUUAGGUUGAGCCUUUUGUGCUCAGGUCCUGUGCCACCCGUGUUGCCAAGGGUGUGAAGGAAGGAGGACUUGGCCUGGGGUGCAGUGCGCUGAGCCCGAGUUCGCAGCUUCUCUGGGGAGCAUUGCGGGCUGAGUGGAGUCUCGCUCUCCUUGUCCAGCUGCAGAUCCCUCUUUUCUGUGCAGUGUUGAGCUCUGACUGUCUCUGUGCUUCCCUUCUGGUGCUGCUCUCCUUCCUCCCACUCUGCUUUCUGCAGCUCUCUUCGGGCUGUGUCGCUUGCUUUCACUGCCACCUGGCUAGGACUCCUUUCUCCUUCUCUCCCCAAGAAGCCUCAAUGAGCCCAGGAAGAUGCUGGGGCCGGUGGGGCCAUGAGGUCUUCUGGGGAGGGUAGCUGGGUGGGGCGGGAGCCUCUCAGCCAUCCAGAUUUGGAGCCGGAUCUACUCUUCCUCCCUUCCUCUUGCUGCCUCAGCCUGCCCCAGCUUCGGGACUAGGCAGAGGUGAGGCUGGCUAACCCCGGAGAGGGGGGCUAGGGCUAGGGCGACCCAGGGGGAGGCCUAGGUGGGACUGUAUCCCGUACGACUUCCCCAGUAUCCAUGAGGGUUCAGGGAGCAGCCACAUGGCCAGCCAAGGUGUGCAUGCUUGACUCCAUCCUCCAUGGCUUGCUGCUGACCCUCUCUCCUGUCACCCACCCCUGCUCUCUCCCCAGAUGUGUUCUGAGCUGGAUGUCCAGGAUGCAGAGUCGCUUCACAGUUCCAACAGGACAGCACCCUCACCCAUGCGAUGGGAGGGGAUACUCCAUCCUCCCUUGCCCAUGCUGAGUGUAGAGCUGGGGCCUAGGUGGUGGGUGGGGGGCAUCAGUAGGCUUAGCCUGUGAACACUGCCCUGGUGUUUACUGCUGUCUCAUGGGGACUACAAGUCCCACAAUGCAAUGCACACAGCCUCAUUUCUGAUAGGUCACACCCAGGAGAAUUGGUGCCUGGUUAUAGAGCUGUGCUUCUUGGGAUAUGUAGUUCCAGCCCUGGCCAGCCUGUCACUUGCUCUGGCUGAGGAGAUCUUGUCUCUUGAUUUGUCCCUGGCAUGGUGGCCAGGAUGUGGAUGAAGGGGGAAUGACUCAAGCCUGGGUUCCCCUGACACCUCUUGCUAGCCCCAGGGUUGGAGUGGGCAGGUCAAGACCUUGCAGCAUCUGGGAGAAGUUCUUUUCCUGUGGGCCUUCGGAAUAGGCGGGGCAUGGCCCUGGAAGGCUGAUGGACAUGGGGCAGCAGAGCUUGGAAGGGAAAGCUACCCUCACAGAGGCAUGUGGCUGGGACUGGUGUGUGCUGGGAACACGGGGCAUGCUGCUGCUUGAAUGGCUUUCUGUGGCCUCUGACCCUGCUCCCCAUUCUUUCUCUCCAACAUCACAGGCAGCUGCCUCUCCUCCUCCCUACCUGGGGAGCCAAGGCCUGGGAGGGGGCUGGUGGAGUAGGGUGUUGCCACCCCCUGUAACACUGAGCCUCAGAGACCUAUCAAGCUAGCUGGGCUGGGAUCAGACCAAGAGGGAAACUGGAAUUCAAUAAAACUGAAUUGUAAGAGCUCA